AUGGUGCAAAUUAAUGCACGUUGCAAUUGGAGGCCGGGGGCGGCUCAGUCACAUCACUGCCAGACCCCCACCACUAUCAGACCCAAUUAUAACCAAUGGGCACAAAAAGAUGCCAUGGUCAUCGCGUGGAUAAUCGAGAACAUAGAUGGAGACAUCGUCAAUCAAUUCCUGGACUACACAACAGCACACAGCCUAUGGCAAGGGAUCGAAGGCCUCUUAGGAUGUGGUAGGGAUGAACUACAAAUCUUCGAUUUGAGUUCAAAGGCAGCAACCUUAAAGCAGAACAACGACACUAUCGAGGUUUACUACGGUAAGCUCAACAUGUUAUGGAAAGAAAUAGAUAGAAGAAUGCCAAAUCCGAUGAAUUGCCCACAGGAUAUAACAGAAUUCAACAAAUACAUCCAAAGACAGAGGCUCUAUCAAUUUCUUACAGGGAUUAAUGAUAGUCUUGACAAAGAAAAAAGGGACAUUCUCAAUAGUGAACCUUUACCGAUGGUGGAAACGGCAUACGCAUCAAUCAGACGAGAGAUCACACGCCGGCAAAUCAUGACCGGCGUCUCAUCACCGGGAACGAGUCCCUCAGAGAUUGGCUCGGGUUUAUCCACGAGAAACAAACCCUUCCAAAGAACCCGAGAAGAUGAUGACCGGAGAAAACUCCGAUGCACUCACUGUGGCGGUUCCAGGCAUACCAAGGAGGGGUGCUUCAAACUUGUGGGAUACCCCGAGUGGUGGGACGAUCUACAGAAGAGGAGAGCCGCCACCAAGGCACCGGCUAGCCGGACCGGCGGCAAGGCUAACCUCAGUACCACAGAUCAGCCGACAUCAUGUCAAAACUCAGGUGAACUAGGAGAAUGGCGCACAGAGGAAGGAGAAGCAACAGUAAUCUCAGAGGAUAGAUCUAAAAAUGGUGAGAAUCAGAAGUGGGAAGAAAGAGAAAGAAGAGCCGUCAGCCAAAGGGAAGGGAAAGGGAAGGUCAAAUGCCAAAAUACCCCUCCACCUCCCUUUUAUAGCCCUCAAACCCUAACACCCCCCUUACACCCCUCCAACUCUUUAAAAUCUGGCCCAGAAUCAAAACCCAAGCCCAGUUCCACUUCCAGCCCACAAACUAACAAUCCCAAAUGUCUUCUUGGACAUAACAAUGACUCUCAAUGGAUCUUUGAUUGUGGGGCAACAGAUACGAUGACAUUCGACCCCAGUGAUUUUGUAUACACCCAUCCUACUAACCGAACCCACAUCCAAACUGCUAAUGGGGCAUGUGUACCGGUUGCCAAGGCUGGAGCUGUCAAUAUCUCUCCCUCCCUUCAUCUCAAAAAUUGCUUGCUCAUUCCCAAUUUGUCUCAUAAAUUAUUGUCGGUCAGUCAGUUAACAAAGGACUUAAACUGUACUGUUUUUUUAACCUCUGAUCAUUGUGUUGUACAGGAUGCUCGGACAGGGACGAUCAUUGGGUGUGGUACUGAACGAGGUGGCCUAUACUAUGUUGAUGAGGUAAUUCAAAAAGGUGGUGCAAUGCUUGCUCAUGGAUCUCCUGCUUACCAAUUGCGUACUUGGCAUCGGCGUUUGGGUCACCCAUCCUUAGGUUAUCUAAAACAACUCUUUCCUUCUCUCAAGAACUGA